GUAUAUCCUAUCCUGUUGCUUUGUAUGGAAAAGCAAUAUAUAGUCAAGCUAGCUAAACUGGUUUCCAAACGUUGUCUCUACUGCUAAAGCACGAUGACCAUGCUACAAAUCGUUACUUUCUUCACGGUUCUGGUCCUGACUGGGAUGCAGCAAGGUUUGUCUUUUUUUAUUUUUUUUUUCUGCAAUGUAGAUAAAAUAUGUUGAUUUUGUUUUAAAAAUGUUGGGAUAAAAAUAUUAACUUUAGAAUUCUGCAUGUAUUCUAUAAUAUUAUACUCUAAUAUUAUAUUAUAAUGUCAAUACUUUGAAAAGGCUAGACCUUGAACAUUCUUUGGAUUGUAACUCCUGUUAUUUACAGACAGGGAAAGGUUCCUGAUAACUCCAAAUCCCCUUAAAUCACAGCCACCUAACAACUAACCUUAAAGUGAACCUGUCAUGACAGAUGUAAUUUGACGUUUUCUAACCAUCUGGCCUAACUCAUGUUAGGAAAUUAAGUGUUUUUUCCCUUAACACUAUUAAAAACUCAUGUUUUGAACACUAUUAAAAACUCAUGUUUUGAACACUAUUAAAAACUCAUGUUUUGAUUUUUUGUUUUUACAUUACUCCUGUCUUUUGCUAAUAGCAUAAAUUAUUGUUUUCAGUGGGUGUUAAACUUGCUGUAAGAUACACUUCACCUGCAUACUGCUGUUUGGGAAGUAUAGACUUGCUUCUCACAACAGGUUAAAUGUUCCCAACACUUUAUGUUGGUUUUUUUGUAAAUAAAUGUCCUCUCACGAUUCUCAGAUUGCCUGUCCAAAACUGAUGUCAUAAAGCAUUCCACCUUUUUCCCUCCCUUCUCUAUGCUGCUGCUGCUCUCACACAGAGCCUGGACCCUCCUACCUACUUCCCCUUGCAGGCAUUGCUUUUUCUUAGGUUAAAUUUAAGCUGGAGAGAUAUUCAGAGAAAGGGUUUAUCAGCUUUCUUAUAUCUGUGCCAAUUGGCACAAACUGAACUGACUUAAAAUAGGGGGUAAUUGUUGAUUUUACAUAAAUCUAGGCAUUUGCUAGCAAUUCUGCUAGAUGAAAUUUUAUUCUUUAUCAUUUAAGAUUCAUUUGUAUUUUUCAUGAAAGGUGAGCCCUUUGAGCCCCAAACUCUAAACCUGACUAUUCUUGACUGUAAAUACUUAUAACACUAAGCACUAAUAACUCUCAACCCACAUAUCCUUUGCCACAACCAUUACUGUGUUAAAUGGUGCUGAUGUAAAGCACUCUUAACUGUUUGCGUGCCAGUGCAAUUUUUAAUCAUGUGUACUGAAGCUCACCCAAUUUCGCACAUUUAGCUAUCUCUUAUACUAAGGUACAUACUUAAAAACUGUGUACAGUUCACAUUGAGAAAGAUAGAUAGAUUGUUUUCAGGGGACAUAUUGGGCUUUCAUGUGAUGCCCCCUCCCGGACAUACUUCUCAUCUUAUAGUGUAAAAAAAUAAAAAUAUGGGAAAAAGGUUUUCUGUUAGAAUUAACUUUCUAGUGGGUAUAGUUAGGCAUAAGGAGUAGGUUUAGUUAGAAAUGAGUGUAUUAUUAGUUAGUUAGCCAUAGAUUUAGGGGUUUAAAGGAAGGUUUAGGUUUAGAGUUUAGGUGGGCCCUACACUAAAUUUUAACAUGGGAGACAAAUGAAAUAGAGCUGGUGCUAAAUUAACUUUUAUUAAAUUACCUGUUGUAAGAGCAUUGUGUAAAUAUAUCAUGAAAAUAAUGCGAUAAACUAUAGUGUCAUAACUAAAUAAUCACAGUGAUAAUGCUUAUAUGUAUUUACUCACAAUGCAUAUCAUAUAUCAGUUCUAAUCAUAUAUUACAUGAAAAUUAUUAUUAAAUUGACAUUGUUUUACAAAACCUCUUUAAACGUAUGCUUUCCUAUGGUCACUGCAAAGGGGCAUCUGAAGCAGAUUGGGGGGAUGCUCAAUGCAAAAGGAAUCUGGUCUGGACUCCAAAGAGGAAAUUGGGGGAGGACGGGCACACCCACAACUUGCAUUUCUCAGCAGUGGUGUUGUCGUAGAUAUUAAAAUGUUUACAAAGUAUAGAUUAAGGAACAGCGUGCACACAAAAAUCCUGUUUCAAAUUUUACCCGGCUACUUAAAAUCUCCUACGUCAGCAAACAAACACGAGGAUUCAGUUCCCCCAUGUGGCCAGCAUAUUAACACUUGUGGCAGGCUUAUGCAUUGUAUGAUCAUAUAUUGUAACUAAACUCCCAUUAUUUUUGUCUAGGCUAGGGGUUUUCAAAAAACUAUUUCAUUCUGUGAGCUUUGAAAAAAAAAAUUUGCAACUCUGUGAGCUUUGAAAUUGCUGUUUAGCGAAUGAGUGAGUACACUGGACCAUGUUUGCUUUAUCAAUUGACCCCCAACAGCACCCUUAAACCCUAUAUGCAUGUUCAGGUGACUGCAGCCUUCUUGUUUUCAUAUUAGACUAGCCAAUUGCUAGUAACAUACAAGAGGGGCCUGGUACAUCAGUGGACUUUGGGGGGAGUGAGGGGUGUUACAUAAAAAAUUGGGGGCUGGACAGAUCACUCCAGUUCAUCUUUAGAUCAACUGUAGAAGCAGAGGGAUUAAUCUCUAUAGGUGAAGGCAUUUCAUAGCGAAAUGCCACAUAUACAGACUCCAUGCACCAUGACCAGUUCAAAUAACUAAAGUGGUGGCCAGUGGCGGAUCCAGAGCCUGAUCUCGGGAGGGGCACUUGUAGAUUAUUUAAAGAAAUAAUCCAGACACAAUAACCACUACAGCUCAGUGUAGUGGUUAUGGUGUCAAUAGUGCCGGGACCCCCUCCCACAGUAAGUAGUCAAACCGUUUAAGAACAGUUUGACAACUUACCUGAGAUCUGCUGGGAAAUGGGGCUGUAGUAGGGUAUAGGAGCAGUGGUGUGUGUGAGUGGUGCAGUGUGUGUGUGUGUGAAGGUUGUAGUGUGUGAGUGAGGGCGGCAGUGUUUGUCAGGGAUGCAGUGUGUGUAACAGUUGGAGUGUGUGUGAGUAUUGCAGUGUGUGUGUAUGGCGGGCAGUAUGUGUGUAUGGGGGAGCAGUGUCUAUGUGGGGGCAGUGUAUGUAUGUGGGGGCAGUGUAUGUGUAUGGGGAGCAGUUUGUGUGUAUGGGGGGCAGUGUGUGUGUGUGUAUAGGGGGAGGGGGCAGUGUGUGUGUAUGGGGGCAGUGUAUGUGUAUGGGGGCAGUGUGUGUGUGUAUGGGGGCAGUUUGUGUGUAUGGGGGCAGUUUGUGUGAAUGGGGGCUGUUUGUGUGUGUAUAGGGGCAGUUUGUGUGAAUGGGGCAGUUUGUGUGUAUAGGGGGCAGUUUGUGUGAAUGGGGGGCAGUUUCGUGAAUGGGGGCAGUUUGUGUGAAUGGGGAAGUUUGUGUGUGUGUGAAUGGGGGGCAGUUUGUGUGUGUGAAUGGGGGCAGUUUGUGUGUAUGGGGGCAGUUUGUGUGUGUAUGGGGGCGGUGUGUGUGUGUGUGUGUAUGGGAGGCAGUUUGUGUGCUGUAGGGGGCAGUUUGUGUGAAUGGGGAGACUUGGUUUCCAUUGUAUAUGGGGCAGUGUGUGUGUAUGGGGGCAGUGUGUGUGUAUGGGGGGCAGUGUGUGUGUGUGUAUGGGGGCUUGGUUGUGUGUGGGGGGGCAGUUUGUGUGUAUGGGAGCAGUUUGUGUGUAUAGGGGGCAGUUUGUGUGUAUAGGGGCAGUUUGUGUGUAUGGCGGACAGUUUGUGUGUGUAUGGGGGGCAGUGUGUAUAUGUGGGGCAGUAAAUAUGUGGGGCAGUAAGUGUGUAUGUGGGGAAGUAUGUGUGUAUGGGGGGGCAGUGUGUGUGUAUGAGGAGCAGUGUGUGUGUAUGAGGGGCAGUUUGUGUGUACGGGGGCAGUUUGUGUGAAUGGGGGCAGUUUGUGUGAAUGGGGGGCAGUUUGUGUGUAUGGGGGCAGUUUGUGUGUGUGUGAAUGGGGGGGGCAGUUUGUGUGUAUGGGGGCCAGUGUGUGUGAAUGGGGGCAGUUGUGUGUGUGGGGGCAGUUUGUGUGUGAAUGGGGGGGCAGUUUGUGUGAAUGGGGGGGCAGUAUUGGGGUCAAUGUAUGUGUGUGUGUGAUCAGGGUAGGGUGGCUUUUUUUUUAUAAUAUAAUAUUUUUUAAUUUAAUUAAAAAAUAAAUAAAUAUUCUAUGCCCCUUCUUACCUUUACUGGGGGGAGGGGGGACAUUUCCCUGGUGGUCUGGUGGGGAUUCAUUGGUGGUCAGGUGGUGAGAGUGAACUCUAGCCCACGCUCCCGGGCUAGAGUUCACUCUCGCGAGAUUUGGAGCGUUGCCAUGGUAACCGCAGCAACGCUCCAAAUCUCGAGAGAGGAGGACCCGGAGGAGUUGCAGCCUUAACUUCCGGGUCCUCCCUUUCACUCCCUCCCUCUGCCGCCGGCCGCCAGCACAGUGCCUGCGGACCGGGGAGGGAGAUCUCUGAUCUCCCCUCCGGUCCGCAGGCACAUCGCAGGGCUCGCAGGGGAGGGAGAGGGAGACCGUCGGAUUUCUCGGGGGGGGGGCAAUUGCCCCGUUGCCCCCCCCCUGGAUCCGCCACUGGUGGUGGCAGUAGUAACCAUUUGAAAGAACAGCCCAAGCUCCAUGCAGCCUACUUAACUUUUAGUAGGUGAAAAGUUUGGUUUGAAAUCUACUUUAAUCAAGAUAAAAUUACAAGAGAGCAACACACUUACUGAUACAUGAAGAUUAAAUGAACAUAGUAAGUGUCCCCUGUAACUUGUGUGCGCUGAAAAAGUAACAGGUCAUGUCUAUGAAUGUAAAUAUAUAUGUCCCCCCUGUGGCUGGCGCACAUAACCAUGGAAUUUAAUCCGGUCAACUGCGAUAAAAGAAGUCCUUGGCAUACCAUCUUUUUGUUGUAUAUGCAAUUUAACCAGCUAAAGCACCGGGACAUUAUAGAUAAUUUCCAUCCAGCGUUCCAUUUUAUGUCUUAAACUACUGUAUGAUUAUAUUUCAUUUGUAAUGUCAUUCACAGUCUGCUCCUCUUCAAAUGAUGGUAACAAUAAAGGUCUUUCAUCUCAUCAACGUGAAGUCCUGUCCCUGAUGGACAAGGUGACGUCAGCUGUUAGGCAAUUACUUGACAGCAAACAGCAUCUAGAGAUCCUUAAAAAAGUUGAAGAUAGCAUGAAGGAUGUUAUCUGUGACAGUCAAAUCAGUGCACAAGCUAGUUCUGAAAUCGCAAAGUUCCUAAAUGGUGUCCUGGACGCAAUAAAUAUUGGAAAAUUGGACAAGAAUACAGUGAUCAAAUACCUGGAGAAGGACCCUAUGAAAUGUGUACAAAAAUUCAAAGACAAAUUUCUCAACAAAGCUUAAAAUUCAAGGUACUGGUAAGGAUUAUAAGUGAUAUAUUGAAUUAUAUUUUUAUUACAAAUGGAGAGAAUGUUAUGCCUAUUUGACAAAAUAUGUUUUGUAGCCAUAUGUAAAAAUAAUCUGGUAUUUGCCCCUGCAGUCUCACUGCUUAAUUCUCUGACAUUCCGGAGUUAAAUAACUUUUGUUUCUGUUUAUGCAGCCCUAGCUAAAUUUCCCCUGCCUGUGAUGCACACAGGCUACAUGAGUUUAUCUCCUGCUCUGUUAAUUGAACUUUAAUCACACACAGGAGGCUUCUGCAGGCUCUAGCAGGGCAUUAAAAUGGAAAAGAAUAUGCAAUAAAUCAAGUUUAAACAUUAAAGCUCUCUUUACAGGAAGUUUUAAAGAGGUCUGUAUAAGUCACAUGUAGGCGAGGUGUGGCUAGGGCUAGAUAAAGUGAUUUAACUCCUGCAUGGCAGAGAACUGACCAGUUAGACUACAGGAGUAUAAUCUAUACACCAAAAUUGUGUCAUUAAGCUAAAGUUGUUUGGUAUUUAUGACAUAUUUAAGGGUGCUUGUUACACAGGCUCUUGUAAAUGUUCCAAUAGUAUAAAGUAAUGCAGAAAAUGCUGGAGAUAGAUAAAUAUUAUAAUGGAUACAAUAGUGAGUCAAGGGAUAAUGACAUCCAGGUGCUGAAAUUUCAGACUCUUAUUAUAUUAUCAUGUCUGACUGCAAAUGUAUAUGUAUGAGUGUGCAUGUAUCUGUAUGUGACUGGGGGCAUUGUUGGUGGAAUGGGUAGGAGUACAUUAAACGUGGUGCUAUGCAAUGUGUAAGUGACUGAAUGGCUAUAUUUACUGGGUUGGAGUAUCCAAAUGUAUUGGAGAAAGUGAUUAGAUUACAGUUUGGGAAUUUGGUGACUGAAUGUGUGAAUGCAAGCUUAUUGGGAAUUACAUGACCAAAUGUAUUAAUAUUUAUGGUGGGAUGGGUGUAGAAGACUGGAAGGUAAGGAAGGGUAUGUAAUGGGAUGGGUUUGUUGAUGACUAGAAGGUAAGGUGAUUGAAGUAUAUCAAAAGAAAGAUAGCUGUCAGUAAAUUCAAACAGAUUCAACAAGAUCAGUCCUAAUAUUUCUAUGUUUAUAAAUCAAAUAGACAAUAUUACAAAUGUGACAAAAAUUGAUAAAGUGGAGCGCUUAAAAAAGUGCUAGUGCUUUUAUAUUUACCCUUAGUACAUUGAUAUUUCAUGGGUAUGAAGCGAAUAUAUAAAAGAAGGAGACAAAAACAAACAUAUAUAGUGCAGAUGGUAAUAUAUAUGGAAUUGAAGAUAAUAAAUGCUAAGAUCCACUCACGUGGACCAGAGCCUGUAGUUACCGGCUCUGAAAUCAAUGCCGUUAUGCCUUUGUGGUAGCAUACCACCAUCCACCGAGUGGAUCUCCAGUUUGUAGGUAUAUAAAACAAAAAAAGAAAGAGAAAACUCCAACGAUACAGUAUAUUGUUUCUUCUUGUAUACACUGGCUUAAAAAUUUCUUAAGCUCACCUUAUUCAGAGCCCUUAAAUCCUGGCUCUGGAAUUGAAUGCCUGUUGCCUAAUUCAGGAUUGUCAAAACCUCAAAUGGAUCUCUUCUGAAGCUGGGAAUCAUAUAGGACCAGAACUGUGUGAAGUUGAUUAUACAAAUUUAUUGCCAAAAUAUUGCUAAAACAAAUAAAUAAAACAAGUGUAAAACAAGUAUAAAAAUACUAAGUCCUUAUGUUCCAAUGCCAAUAAGCAUUUCACUCGACUUGAUCUUCCUAUGUGUGUUGCUCCAGAACCAUAAGGUAUCCAUUUUUAAAUGCUACUCUCAAACGAAAUCUCCGGUCACAUGAUGGUGUUGCAGCCAAUCAUCUUGCCGGCCGGUCCAUUCCUGUGUUGUAGACAUUUAGGCUUGAUAAGGGGUAUCCACCCCUUUCUUUCUCAUACUUUCCAAUAGAGAACGUCCUUUUGAUGAGCCCUCCCAGUCCCUGUUAAGGCUUGUUCUGCGUGACACGUCACUUCUGGUUGGCAAGCAAGCCCAUCUCUUGCACACCUCCGCCGGGUCCACAUCGUCUCACGUAACCUUGCUGAUGAACGGACUUCGGGUGGGGUGUGUGUGCUUCUAGAGGACUCCAUAUUGUUUGUGGGCAAGGAAGGGCAGAAUAGAGAAAUGGAUAAAGAAAUAGUUACUAAGCAAGAGAUGGGCUGGCAUGCGAACCGGAAGUGACGUGUCGCGAAGGGUGCAACGCCGAUUCCGUGUUUGAGCUGGACGCAGAACGAGCCUUAACAGGGACUGGUGGGCUCGCAAAAGGAUGUUCUCUAUUGGAUAGUUUAAGAAAGAAAGGGGUGGAUACCCCUAAUCAAGCCUAAAUGUCUACAACAUAGGAAUGGACCAGCCAGCAACAUGAUUGGUUGCAACACCAUCAUGUUUGAGAGCAGCAUUUAAAAUGGAUACCUUCUGGAGCAACACACACAGCCAACUGAGGAUAGCUCAAGUUGAGUGAAACGCCACCACUGGACAGUGGUGUGUCCCUUUAAGUGGGUUGGUGGAAAGAGAUAAGUACAAAAAGCCUUAGCCAGUGUCAUUUCUAGUCCAGUCGGACUAGAAUAGCAGAGGUGCAGUAUCAGUUACAGAGGGUUUGAAAACUUGGUAGUGUCCCUGCUCCUCCAGCAUUUGUGUGUGAGGCUGGGCAGGAACUGGACGGGAUAAUUUGGAAUCUGCCUACUAAAAACCUCUCACUCAGGAAAUGCUUGCAAGAGGAGCAGAGGAUGCUCUCAGUGAUGCACUUAUUUACUCAUGUGAGAAGUGUGGGGAAUUCAAAGUGAAUUUAAAAAAAGGCAAAAGUAGCCAAACUGGAAAUAUUCUCCAAGAACUCUAUGCUUCCAGUUUGGCUAUUUUGGCUUUAAAUUCACUUGGAGUUGCCCCCCCUUACCCGACUCCAUUCUACCGGUUGCAAAUAACCAUGUGUUUUCCUGCAGCACUGCUAUCAAUCAUUGGAGAGUGAUUAAUUUUCAAAUAACCAUUCAAACUCUAGAUGCCUAUACCCUAAACAUCCCUUCCUCCCUAGCUCUGAAUUUAAUACCUUCCGAAACCUACAGAAACCCUUUGCUUUUCUUUAGUCCUAAACUUAAAGUCUAAACCUGACCAAACAUACUUGAAUAUUAGGUUUGCAAAAUGUGCCACAGCUCUAACAAUAAAUUUAAUAAUCGUUAACACACUCUGCACCCAAUACUAAAUUUAACCCGACUCUAACCCAUCCUACCAAAACUGAAACCUAUCUAAAUUUUUACAUUCUCUUGGGGUUUAAGCUUUAAGUCAUCAUGGGGUUCAUAGCACACACAAGUUGUUAUUGUAGCAGUGAAGUUAGUAGCAUGCAUGGUAUCUCUGAGGCAUUUAACAAUAGUUAAAACCAGAAAGGAAUGGUGAGAGCACAAAAAAACAGAAAUUACCCUUAUGUCCAAUAUAAAACCUGUAAAAAUACAAUGGGAAAAACAGGCAUAGGGUAAUAACGUACAGAUAAUAUAUGAAUGAGUAAAUACUUAGAUAAACUCACAUAUUCAUGAGCCACUUAAUAUGAAAAGCUGGCUCAGAUUAAGAACGUUGAAUGGAUUAAUGAAGUGGUAGCUGUAAUCCAACCGCUAACUGCUUGUUCCUUCUCGCUUUAAAAAAUCCAGGAUGCAGGAUCUUUAAUGAAACCUUUUAUUCAGUAUAGCAGCAAAACAAACAGCAGCAGCAAAAAUUAAAAUUCAGCUGUAGCGGAGCGGCAAUAUUAAAUCCCACGAUCUCCGCUGGUUCAGAAGGUAAUCCACAGUCAAGCGCUGAAAAGUAAGGCAGUAUCCCAAAUCUCCCAGUAACCGAACGAAACACAGUUCUGAGAGGACUUAUAUUAUAUUUAUUCAUAGGCUCCACAAUUUAUACAAUUCCCUAUGCAAGGGGUUUCCUGAGUCCUAUCCCAGGGGUAUUCCAAGAGUGGACUACGUGGGGAACUUACAUUACAGAGCCUUUCUCCCAUCAGGCACUGCUGCACGAGAGGGAUCCUCCCACUGGAAUAUACUGUUACGUGGAUUAUCCCUCCGUGCAGCAGAACCGGCAAUUUACUUUAAAAUACACAGUUUUUCGACUAUUAGGUCUAUUUGCACGAAUGGACGUUCGGUAGAUAGCUGGGGUCUGAGCGCAUCAUUCGUGAGAUUACCGCUCAGAUCCCAGCUAAAACAACCGAACGCCGCACGAAAAACAUAUUCAUUAAAACACACACUUAAAAGACCGAUUGAUGUAUAGGGAAUAAAAUACCGAACGGCCCGGAACUCCCGAACGGCCUGGAAGUUCAGCGGUGUUCGCGCCGUCGAGUAGCCGUUUUUAGUACCACACGCUCGACGACCAAACACCGCUGGGGGAACAAAGGAUCCAAGAUGGCCGACCGCCGCAUGGUCGGUAGCCGAACGACGGCCACCUAGGAGAGCCUCUAAUUACCGAUUGGUUAACGAGCGCCACACGUCUCUCAGUGUGUGGGCUGUUACAGGGUGGUUUAUUCGGUUCACGAACGGUCCGUAAAGGUGCCGUUCGUGAAACGAAAGGGAAUCAGCUAUCUGCUUUCGGCAGAUAGCCAAUGCAGGCAAUACAAUGGUACACAAUCACAUUACGUUAUACCCAGGAACACACAUAUCACGCAAAUCAUACAGGCAACCCUUAAAGCGAUAGUCCUUAAAUAUUGUCCAAGUGGCUAGGUUUGCCACAUCAGCAAUUCCACCUCUGCACGCUAACGCGUUUCAGCCGAAGCCUUUAUCAAAGUGUGAGUCCAUUCGGUCUGUUCCGUGUUUAAAUAGGAGACUUUUCGCGCCUUUCUUCCGUUCGGAAAUAAGCUCCUCCCACUUUUUCUAGACGCAACCUUAUUGGGCAUCCUAGCGUCCAUAGCAACUUCAGUUUACUUCAGUGUUCAUCGAAAGAAAAGACGUCGAACUAAUCCUUUCACUUACACAGUCUUUCAUGUUGCAGAAUCAAAGUCCUAUUAGCAACAUACUUUAUACAUAUCGUCAAUUACAUUAAAACAAAUAUUGUAACAAAAUACUCUUAUACAUAAAAUAUUAACAACAUCAAGACUCUCUCUUUCUCAAAAAAGGAAUUAAAGGCAAAAGGGAGAAAACAAGAGGAAAUAAAUUGAAAGGGGAAAUCAACUAUUUACAUUAAGAGAUAUACCGGGGAAAUGCAUUAUAUAUAAAAUGCACCUAUUUUACCUCUCAUCAUAAUAAAAUAUUAAUCAAUAUUAAUAAAAUUAGUCAUAUCCAGAUAAAGAAUUAUUAUACAUAAAUAUACUAAAAUCAUAUUUAAAAUUAGUACCAAUAUAAAACAAAUUAAUAUGAUCUCUAAUGAAUUUAAAUAGAUAAUUUUGAUUAAAUAUAAGUGUUAAUUUCAAAAUCUACGUUUAAUCCCCCCAGUGUGAGUGUAUCCAAAUUAAAAAUCCAUUUCAUCUCAUUUUUACUUAAGAGAUUAUCCUUAUCACCCCCUCUCCAGUGUAUUUUAAUGUGGUCUAUUGCAAAAAAAUCCAAACCUACUGGAUCUCCAUCAUGAUGCUCCAGAAAGUGUUUAGAUACACAAUGGUUGGGGAAUCUUCUCUGGAUGUUGUAUAUAUGCUCCCUAAUUCGUAUUUUUAAUGGGCAAGACGUUUUUCCUACAUAUUGUACACCACAGGGGCAUGUUAUCAUAUAUACAACAUCAGCAGUGUUACACAUAAUAAAAUGUUUGAUUUCAUAUUCUUUUUUAGUAUUAAAAGAAACAAAUUUAAAAAUUCUUCUAUUUUUCCCAGCUCUUAUUUUGCACCCUCUACAAUUUCCACAAUAGAAGAAUGCUUUCUGUUCCUUUCAAAAAUUAUUGGGAUACUCUUUCUUUUCUUUCUCUUGGAAGCUACUGGUCAAAAUUUGCUUAAAAUUUCUAGCUCCUCUAAAGAUCAGUUUUGCUUUUUCUCCUAUUAGUGGGCGUAACUCGUCGUCUAACUUCAAAACAUGCCAAUUUUUAUCAAAAUUUUUACGUAAAGUGCGGUUGUUAAAAUUAAAAUUAAAAAUUAGUGGGAUAGUUUCUGAUCCUUCUUUUUUAACUUCCUUAUCUUUAUAUUUCAAUAUUUCUAGCCGAUCUUCGUGUUUUACCUGUUUAUAGGCUUUCUCUAAAAUAUUUUUAUCAUAUCCCUUUUCUAAAAAUUGUUGCUCUAAAAUUUUAACCUGAUCGUUAAAAUCUUGUUCAUCUAUACAAUUUCUCUUCAACCUUAAAAAUUGUCCUUUUGGUAUGUUUGAUAACCAUGGUUUAAAAUGGCAGCUGGAAAAAUCAAUAAAACUAUUAACAUCUACAGAUUUAAAAUAUGUCCGACUCUUAAUUACACCAUUAUCUAUAAAAAUAUCUAGAUCUAAGAAAUUAAUAUUUGAAGGACUAAUGACAUGAGUCAAUUUAAUAUUCCAUACAUUAUUAUUAAGAGAAUCAAUAAAAUCUAAUCUAAAAGAUUGGGAACUACCUCUCCAUAUAAUAAAAAUAUAAUCUAUAUACCUUUUAUAGAGGACCAGACUUGCCCCUAUGUCCAACCUAGAGAAGACAUAUUUUUCUUCCCAAAAGGACAUAAACAGGUUGGCAUAACUCGGGGCAAAUCUGGUCCCCAUGGCAGUUCCCUUGGUUUGAAGGUAAAAAUCGUUUUCAAACCAAAAAAAUAUAUUUUUAAGAAUCAUAUUGAUCCCCUUCACAAUAAAAUCAAUUUGUGCUUCUAUAAAAUUACCAAAUUUAUUUAAAAAAUGUCUAGUAGCCUCACACCCUACCCCGUGUUCAAUAUUGGUGUAGAGGCUACUGACAUCACAGGUAGCCAUUAUAAAGAAAUCUUCCCAUUUAAAAUUAUUUAAAAUUUGUAAAAGGCUGAUAGUAUCUUUUAGGUAUGCCGGACAUUUUGGGACUAAAUUUUUUUUAAAAUAGUCUAUAUACUGGGAGAGCGGUGAUAAGAGAGAUCCAAUUCCAGAUACAAUAGGUCUCCCUGGUGGAUUAAUAGGAUCUUUAUGCAUCUUGGGUAAAACAUAGAUCACUGGGAUUCUAGGGAAUUUGACAUCUAAAAACUCAUAUUCCUUUAAAACCACUUAUAAGCACUUUUUGGAUAAAGGUUUUAAUGAGGGCAUUUUAACUAAGAAGGAAUAUGAGUUUUUAGAUGUCAAAUUCCCUAGAAUCCCGGUGCUGAAUUUUAAUUUUUGCUGCUGCUGUUUGUUUUGCUGCUAUACCGAAUAAAAGGUUUCAUUAAAGAUCCUGCAUCCUGGAUUUUUUAAAGCGAGAAGGAGCAAGCAGUUAGCGGUUGGAUUACAGCUACCACUUCAUUAAUCCAUUCAACGUUCUUAGUCUGAGCCAGCUUUUCAUAUUAAGUGGCUCAUGAAUAUGUGAGUUUAUCUAAGUAUUUACUCAUUCAUAUAUUAUCUGUACGUUAUUACCCUAUGCCUGUUUUUCCCAUUGUAUUUUUACAGGUUUUAUAUUGGACAUAAGGUUAAUUACUGUUUUUUUGUGCUCUCACCAUUCCUUUCUGGUUUUAACUAUUUAUUUAUGUGAGGUGGAGUGACGCACUUUUUGGUGAUUGUAGCACUUUGUUUUAUAUUGUUUUUUUCACCAUAUAUACACCUAUUUUAUUAGAUCUAUGUGAAUGUUCUUCCAUAUUACGCAGCUCAUACUGGUUGAGAUGGCAGGGAGGUAGGUUCUCCCUCCGUCCAACUCAAGUAGUUUCCAUUUGUCAGGUCUAUUUAUAUUACAUGCUCCUUCUGAUUAACAUUCAACACUCUGUGUUUUAAAAAAAGGACUCUCAGGCCAAAAGUUGCCAAAUGCCCUUGAGCAAUUGGCAAACAUACUUUGAUUGAGAGUCAAUAAAACAAUGGACACUACGCAUAAUUUCAGAUCAGUCUAAUGGUAAAUGUUAUUAUAUAAGGUUACAGAAGCCAUUGCAAAAAAAAAAAUCAAAAAAAUCUGUAAUACAAAUAUAUAGAAAAAUAUAUGUUAGCACUACUAAUUUUAUAUUUUCUUCCCUCCCUUUUUCAGUUCCAAUGACCAUGAUGAUUAUAAUGGAAGAUUUGGCAUUUCAUCUGAUCUACAAACCUACAGAAACAAUAUUACUAAAUUACAUUGUUAACGAUCCAUUUAAAUAAUAUAAAAUAAAAACAUGCAUGCACAA